CGAGCGAGCUCCCCGGGAGACGACGGGCGUCCCCUGGCAACGACCAACGCGUCAGGGCGAGAUGUGCACGGGUGGCAGUGGCCGACCUAAGGGGGGAGGAAGGAGAGGGUUCUGUUUGGGGAGAGAAUUAAGAUCUGACGAGAGAAACAUCCGAAACCCACUUCCGGCCCAACCUCCUCGGGCUCAUUUUUCAGCCUGAAUAUUAAGAAGAGAGGCGGGGCCUAGAAGACUGGGCCAAAUGGCCCAAGGGACCUGGGAAAGGAAUGGGGUGGACCUGCUUGAGGGCAGAACCUGUGAGAUGAUGGGCGAGGAAAGGGGAGGAACCUGGCAGGGCGGGGCCUUCUGCACCAGGACCAAAAAGAGGCGGAACCUGAGGAAAGGGAAAGGCUGACUGAGGGCGGAAAGUAAAUGGGUGGAGCCCAUGGGGGGCCCUAACAUAGCUGAGUCGGGGAUUGGGCAAUGGGAGGGGCUUUCUCUUUGGUGUUUCCUUCUCCCCUACCCCACUCCAGCUUCGGGACUGGGGAGGGUGGGACCUCCUUUCUGCCUGAGAUGAAGGGGCAGGACAGGGAGGCUGGGUGAGAUGGAGCAGUGGGCGGAGCCCAAAGUACAGGUGAGGGAGGGGCAUAGCAGUACCUGAGACCUCAACGCUAGUGAUGUUACAUCUGGGAUUUUAGCCUCUAGGGCUCUAGCUAGGCUUGGGCUCAGGCGUCUCUGUAGCUAAGAAGACACGCCGGAAUCAGACACGGAUCACCUGAAGAGCCGCGCCCAGCCUAGACCAACACCAUGAGUCAAGACUCCAAAGUGAACACCAAAGAGUCCUCUCCUCAAGCACCUUCCAAACCCAGGAGGAAAGUGCCUGUCCUGGAUCCAUCAGGGGACCAGUAUUAUUGGUGGCUCAACACCAUGGUAUUCCCAGUCAUGUAUAACCUCAUAAUCCUUGUCUGCAGAGCCUGCUUCCCAGACCUCCAACAUAGCUACUUGGUGGCCUGGCUGGUCUUGGACUAUAUAAGUGACUUGCUUUACUUAGUGGACAUCUUCGUGCGCUUCCACACUGGGUUCCUGGAGCAGGGCAUCUUGGUACUGGACAAGGGCCAGAUCUCACGGCGCUAUGUGCGGACAUCAAGCUUCUUGUUGGAUAUACUGUCCCUGGUGCCCACAGACUUGGCAUACUUGCGCCUGGGCCCACAUACACCUACACUGAGGCUCAAUCGUUUCCUCCGAGUCCCACGCCUUUUUGAAGCCUUUGACCGAACAGAGACCCGUACAGCAUAUCCAAAUGCCUUCCGAAUUGCCAAACUUAUGCUCUAUAUCUUUGUUGUCAUCCACUGGAAUAGCUGCCUAUAUUUUGCAUUGUCACGGUACCUGGGCUUUGGGCGAGAUGCCUGGGUAUAUCCUGACCCAGCACAGCCAGGCUUUGACCGACUCCGUCGCCAGUACCUCUACAGUUUCUACUUCUCUACACUCAUCCUCACCACUGUAGGUGAUACUCCACUGCCAGCCCGUGAGGAAGAGUAUCUUUUUAUGGUGGGUGAUUUCUUGCUGGCUGUCAUGGGUUUUGCCACGAUAAUGGGUAGCAUGAGCUCAGUCAUCUAUAAUAUGAACACAGCUGAUGCAGCCUUCUAUCCUGAUCAUGCACUUGUCAAGAAAUACAUGAAGCUACAGCAUGUCAAUCGAAGACUGGAGCGUCGUGUCAUUGACUGGUACCAACACCUACAGAUUAACAAGAAAAUGACAAAUGAAGUGGCAAUUCUGCAGCACCUGCCUGAACGUCUGCGGGCUGAAGUUGCAGUAUCAGUGCACUUACCCACCCUCAGCCGUGUGCAGAUUUUCCAGAACUGUGAGGCCAGCCUCCUGGAGGAGCUCGUGCUAAAGCUACAACCCCAGACCUAUUCACCAGGAGAAUAUGUGUGCCGUAAGGGAGAUAUUGGCCGUGAAAUGUACAUCAUCCGGGAAGGCCAGUUGGCUGUGGUAGCUGAUGAUGGUAUUACCCAAUAUGCAGUGCUGGGUGCUGGGCUUUACUUUGGGGAGAUCAGCAUCAUAAAUAUCAAAGGGAAUAUGUCUGGUAAUCGUCGGACUGCAAACAUCAAGAGUCUGGGCUAUUCAGACCUGUUCUGCCUAAGUAAGGAAGACCUACGAGAAGUGCUGAGUGAGUACCCACAAGCACAGGCUGUCAUGGAGGAGAAGGGCCGAGAGAUCCUGCUUAAGAUGAACAAGCUGGAUGUGAAUGCGGAGGCAGCUGAGAUAGCAUUGCAGGAGGCUGUGGACAACCGCCUACGUGUUCUUGAUCAGCAGCUGGAUGAGCUGCAGACCAAAUUUGCCCGCCUUUUGGCUGAACUAGAGUCUAGUGCCCUCAAGUUAGCAUAUCGCAUUGAGCGACUAGAGUGGCAGACUCGUGAGUGGCCUGACCCUGAGGAGACUGAAGUAGGGGUUGAAGAUAAUGGGGAGGUAGGGGAGGCCUCUUAGGCUCAAGAUCUCACACAUAUACAAACAUACAUAUUCUCCCUUGACUUAAGCUUUAGGAUAGCCUGUGACCCUCAUCUGUGGAUGACACAAACCUCAGAGGAGCCCCAGAAAUAUAAGAAACUCUUAUCUAUAAACACCCUCAGCAUCUCAAAAACCAGAUGACACAGGCAGUGAGAGUGGGAACCUAGUUACUCCCCUUUGUCCAAAAGAGGAAAGAGAUGAAAAAACUCAUACUCAACCACCCUAUGCACUGCCACAAACUUAGUUUCCGGGACAUAGUCAUUAGUACAUAGUAAGCCACUAACAAUUCAGAUAGAAGCACCAGUGUGUGUGCUAACUCAUGAAAACACAUUGAAGUUCUCACACACAUUCAUACCAGUCUCCUCAGUCUCUUGCAGAAAGAGUCACAGUCACAUUUCCCCUGAAAACAUGUGCAUAGUCACAUUAUAUAUUUAUAUACUUCCCCCCCCCCCCAAUGACAAAGUAUUUAGAGCAGAAUAGUAAAAUAAAUAACAAAGGAAAGGAAAAUAGGGAACAUUCUUGGCCUCCUCCAUAGAUGAGUGACUUCUACCAUGCAGGAGAAAACAUUUCUUUGAAAAGGCCAUGUGUACCCUUCUAAGUCUCACAUAUAUUUCUCUGUCACACAACUCCAGCAUUUCUCAAUCUGAGACCUUCAUCACUAGACUUCUAGGAAACCCCACCCUCCCAUAAAGAUAACAGAAAUUACAUUGCAUGUAUAAUGGCUAUCUAUAUUGUACUCUAAUAAAAUAUUGGGAAUCUUAGAAAUCAUUUUAAUCCAGUCCCUUCCUAAGGAGACUGAAGCCCAAAGAAGUGAAGCCAUUUGCCUGAGGUCAUAAAUACAACUUAGGAGUAAACAAAGUCUUUUAACUUCAAAUUCAGUGAUCCAUCACCAUGUUAACUCACAGGAUCUCAGGUUUGGAAGAGAAUGCAGCUUGUCCAACCCAUACCUGACCUAUAACAUGAAAAUAAAAUUACUUAUCAACAUGCAUUUAGUUAGUGCAAAUAGAGUACUGCACUAAGGAACUGGGAGAGAAACAAAGCCUCCAUCUCAAAGAGCUCAACUUCAUUAUCCAGCAAAAAGAACAGAAACCAAAAAAGAGCAAUGGAGUAUAUUAUAUGAGAAGUGUGGGGUUUUGUUUUUUUGGUUUGUUUGUGUUUGGGUUUUUUUUUAACCAUACCUAUGGUUUUUAUUUGAUGGAAGAAACUCCUACUACCAAUGCAGAAUAGUCAGUUACUCCUCUAUAGUCUUAGAGUUGUCUGAAGCACUGAGAGUAAGAGAUUUUGCCCAGGGUCUCACAGGGAGCAUUAAGCAGAAACUUGGCAUAAUCUACAUCUUCCUGACUCCUUGGCCAGCUCUCAUUCUCUAAGUCCAGUGAUUGAGAGUAUUGGUUAUGUCCAUUAGAGAUUUACAAAAUUAAAUAGUGAUGGGAAGCCUAUUAUAGUUAAAAAUCUCUAAGGAUAAAGUUGAAGUUGUUGAAUGUCAUUAUCAACUGAGGGAAAAGGGGGUAGACUUUGUGAAGGUGCUAGCUUCUAUAUCGGUCUUUAAAUGAUAGGUUAAAUAGGCAAAGAGAGAGAAUAUUCCAGAUAUAGAAAACAGCCUCAGUAAAGGUAUAGAGGUUUGAGAGGAUAGCAUAUAUUUGGGUAGAAGAGAAUUCUCUGGUGUAUCAAAAAAAAAAGAUAAAAAGGGGAAGUUUUGUACCCCAAGGGAAGCUUGGACUUUUGAUAUGGAAAGGGGGAAAGAGAGGAGAACCCCCCUCUCAAAGUGGGGUUCAGGGGAGACAGCAGAUGUAACGGGUUAGCUCAGAGAGAGGAGAGGGGGUUUGAAGAUUUUCCCCCUUCUGCCUUCCCUCCUUAGCUAAAGCUGCACUCCCCAAUUUGCUCUUGUCCCUUUUGUCCUCCCUCUACUACUCUAGACCAAAGGUCUCCCCUUGAUCCGUUCACUCACACUCAGCUUGGGGAACAGAUAACUUUUAAUGUUAACUCAAUCGGGUAAUACAAAAGGAAUAAGGGGCAGGGAAGAAUGGGAAAAGGAAAGUGGGAAAAGGGGUCCCUGUCUCUGUCUAAACCCUUUCCCCUUCCUCCUCAAGAUUGGGGGGAACUCAGGGCUUGACAGCCUGAGCCCCUGGAGAGAAAGUCAGGUUGACUCACCCCUGGGCAACAGUAGCUGAGGUAAAGUCUGCUCAGGUUUUACUUCAGAAAGUCCCUUCAAUUGGGAAGUGUUGAGGGGAAGGAUUUUCAGUCACCAGUAGGAAAAGUGAAUAACCCUCAGGAGAAAGUCUUUUUCCUCACCUUCUCUCUUCAACUUCUAAAGACCAAGAGAGCCCCUCACUGUUCUCCAAGCCAGAGUCUCUUCCUCCUCCGGAAUUCUACUCUUGGGGCCCCUCCCCCAUCGGGGUGAACAAUUUCACAUAUUCUUCAGCCUGGCACUUUUUCUCUAGUGCCAGCCUCUGUCACACUGGUUUGACUAUAGUAUCAAGGGGAUGAGGCCAGAAAUGCAGUGGAGCAUCAGACUAUAGAGGUUCCAAAUGCAAGCAGUGGCCCAGGACUAGAGCCCUGAGUUCACAGGGGCCAGGAUAAAUCCAGUGGACUUUUCAUAAUCCUUCUUUUUUGCUUCAAUCCCCACUUAGAGAUUCCUGUGGGAAUAACAAGAUUUGCUUCAUUUCUAGAUAUCUAUGGAAAAGAAAAAUAUCUCAGCUACCAUUCAAGUACUUGGUGUAACAAAACAUAAGUUUUAUUUAACCUGAUUUUUUAAAUGCUCAUACCUGAGCCUACAAUCAAAACAAUUCUUUUUCUGUCUCUAGUAAGUCCAUGCUUCUCCUCAGGAUGCUUCUACCCUGGAUGCAUUACUUCCUUCAAAAAAAAUUUAAAGGAAAUUACUGGCCAUUAUUAGAGAGUUGAUCCCUUUCCAUGGACCUUCAAAGUCUAUAGAAAUCAUAACAAAAAAAAACCAGACCUGAGUUUGUUCUUCCAUGUUGAAAUUCUCUCCCUUGCUGCUUCUUGGCUCUGGACCCUGUUUAUACCCGGAAAUCCUCCCCUAAAUCCAGGAAACUUAUUCCAGGAAUUCCUUCCUUUGGUUCCAGAGAGCCUUCUGUCAAAGACCACUACCUGAGGCCCCAUAGUUCCCAGCAGCUUUUGGCUCCCUGGUAGAACCACUAACUGUGCAAAUUUCCUUCCAAGAAAAGACCACUUAUGUUCUGCUUCUGUCUGUCUAACCUCCCAAUUAUGAUUUUCUUCCCUGUUAGCUUUCCAACCUGCCUUUUAAAAUGCCAGCUCUACAAGUGUAGACUAGGUAAUUGAAUUGGCUAUGAAUCAACCAGCUAAAGACAAGGUAAGAAAUUUAUGUCAUAUCAGAGAAAUUUCCUUAUCUAGAAAAUUUAAAACCUUAUUAAGGUGACUUCAUUAAUUCCAAUGGAGCAAAAGAAAACUUUUAUACUUUACAUGGCAAAUUUCACACCUGAACUCAGGAUAGUGUGGGAGAAUAAACUUUAUUCAGGAGGCAAUAGGAACCCACUGAAGAUUUUUGAGCAGAGGUGUGACAUGACUAGAUAAGAUCAUUAUUUUGGCAAUAGUAUUAAGAAUGGAUUGGAGUAGAGAACAGGAGACUUGAAGAUUUGUAUCUACUGCAAUAGUUCAGAUGGGUGAUAAUGAAGUCCUGAAUUUAUAUGUUUGCAAUGGAAAAAGAGGGGUGUUUUUAAGGUGAAUUAGGCAGGAACUGGUAACUGACUGAUUAAAUAUGAAUAGUGAAGGAGUGGAAAAAGUCAAAGACAACUGCAAAAUUCUAAACAUAGAUCUGGUUAAGUCAGAAAAAGAAUAGAUUUAGAAAGACGAAGUUCAAUUUAGGACCUGUUAUUUUCAAGUGGUAGUGAGGUAUAAGUAGUACAUAAAAGAGAUCAGAACCAAAAAUGAAGGUAGAUUGAAGGAACUAUCUGCAGAGAGAGUGAUGGUAGUUGAGGGCAUAGAGAUAAAUGAAAGAGAGAACUGAAUUGAAUGCUAAUGAUAGGUCUUUGGAAAAUUUUUACAUUGACAGGUAGAAAAAAUGAGACAAAAGGAUUAUUUAGAGAAGUAGGAUCUUUAAGAAAGUGAAGUAUAUCUCAAAAGCUAAGGUUAUUGUACCUCUGGAGAAGAUAGCCAAUAGUACCAAAAUCCAGAGAAAAAGUCAGAGUAUUAAAAAUGGGAAAGAAAAAGCCACUGGAUUUGGCAAACUGGAUGUUAUUGGUAACAUUAGAGGAAGCAAUUUCAGUAGAGUAGAGAGGGCAGAGAGUGGGUAGUCAGAAAGUAGAAGCAUGUCAGGUAUAGGCAACUUUCAAGUUUAGCAGCGAAAGGAAGGAGAGAGGUGACAGAGAAGCUGGAUGGACUGGAAAGAUCAACAAAAUGCUCUCCAAAAACAUAUUAGCAUUAGUUAUGCCCGAGUAGUUCUUUGUCGGCCAAGAAGAAGCCAGGAGUUAUAGGAGAAAAAUUGACCUAUGAAACAAGGUCCUAGAAGACAUGGAAAGGUAGGAGACUAAGGAAUCAAAUAGCACAAUGUCUAGCACAUGGUAUAUACACUUACUGACUAUUGAUUACUACUAUUAUUCUUGUCAUUACUAUUACUUUUAUUAUAACAGGAAGAACAACUGGCAAAUUAUAUACAGUACAGUUCUAGAUUUGCAAAGUGCUCUACAUAGUCUCACUAACUCUGUGAGGUAAGAGCCACAUGGAUUAUCAUCAUUUUAUCAAGAAACUGACAUUAAAAGAAGUUAUGUUACUUGUCUAAGGUUACACAACUAGUGAGUGUCAAAGAUAAGACUCAAACCCAGAUCAGCCUGACUAUAAGUCAGUGCUCUUCCUGUAACUGGACGUAUUGAAGAACAGAGGAGAAAAGGCUAAGGAAACUCUAGGUAUUUGGAGGCUAGGUCUCUCUUAAUUGGAGGGGUGAUCUGAUAGGAUUGUUGGUAAGAAGAUAAAGCACUUAAAUUGUACCAGGCACAGUGCUAAGCCCUGGGAAAACAAUUAUAAUAAGCAAGCAGGUCAGUACCUGCCUUCAAGAAGCUUACUUAGAAUGAGGAAUAUAACACAGCAAGGGGAACUGACAGAGGGGAGGGGUGUACCAGCCUUGACAUAGUGUGGAGUUAGCUGGAAGUUGGCUUGGUUCCUGACAAAAUAGGCCAAUAACUCACUUAUCAGAGUCCUGCAGCAAGGGAUAUGCUGGAGCAGGCUCUGACCUUUCCAGUUAAAUUUUCAUUGUGAGCUGGAAAUCUACAAACUCCAAAUCAGGGCUUAAUUUACUGUUAUAUUGUCUAGAUUUCAGAAAGUGAUGGAUAAAAUGUUAAUAAUAUAGAUUAAACUUAAAAGUAUGUCCUGCAUACUUUUUCCUGAAAGCUAUUUGUUAAAUAUUUUACCAGCACACCGCUACCUGGUUAGAAUUCAGAGUUAGCAGUGAGAGGAAUAUGAGAAUGAUGGCCAGGUUGGAGGCAAUAUGGUGUAGAGAUGACUAAGGUGGGGAAAACGUAGAAAUGUUGCUCUGAGGAAUGAUAUAAGAAGUCAGAAUUUGAAUAGAAGGUUAUUCAAACAGCAGUAAGGGCCCAGCUACAAUUAUGUGCCUUGAAUCUAUAGUUAAUAAAAUCAUCUUGAUUUCAACAUUUUUUCCAAUCAUGCUCAGCAGCUUUAAAACACAAUUGGAGAAAUCAAAUGGUGGGAACCACCAAAGAGUAAGUAGGUCAAGAGGGAGAAGGAAGAGACAGAAGGGGAAGGGAUGCCAUAUGCCAGAACUUAUUGACUAUAUAUCAAUUACUGUACUAUAUAUUUUACAAAUAUCCCAUUUGAUCUUCACAACAACCCCAUGAUACAUACAGGUGCCUUUAUUAUCCCCAUUUUACAACUAAGGAAACUAAAGCAGAUGGAGGGAUGGAAGAUCAGAGAGCAGAGGAUUCAAAAAAUUCUCUAGUAGUACAAGUGGCAAACUAUGGCAUUAAAGUUAGGGAUAAAGACAAACAAAGUCUGAAGAAGAAAGAUAGAAUAGAGGUGACAUAACAGACAAAGGUCACAAUAUAAUGGAGAAGGAUUGGUUUAGUGAAAUGAACACACAGAAGAGGGAAAAGAGGAGAGAUCAGAGAUUAGAAUUUCCAAGUUCUGAACCUUAAACUGAGGUGUGAAACUCUCAAAUAAGUAUACCCUCUCCCUGAGCACCUCUGGGAACAGGGGACCUUUCAAGACAAUGUAUUCCAUUCUUGUACAGCUUUAAUUGAUCAAAAGUUUUUCUUUAUUUUAAGUCAAAUCUUACCACCUUUUAACUACCAUCCAUUGCUUCUCAUCAAGAGUUGUAACAUCUAAUUAGGGAGAAAAAUGACAAAGUUACUCUGUACUAUAUGGACUCAGGUUUAUAGUCUUUGCUACUUGUUAUCAGCCUUAGGAUCCCCAGGAAAACAACAUCACCUUAUUAGUUGUGGCAGAGAGAUUUUUAGUUCCAUUUUUGUCUUUGUAGCCUCAGCUCUGAAAGGCAACAGGCAUAGUAGAUAGAAGUAGAUGAAGUCAAAAAGACCUAGGUUCAAAUGUUGCCUCUAACAUUAUGUCCUGAUUAUGGUCCUGAGCAAAUCAUUUAACAUCUCAGUAUUCUAGGGCCAAAAGUUUAGAAUCUAAGACAAUAAAUUGCAGAGAAAAUGCCAAUUUGAAUUCAUAGAGGGAGUUACACCUCCUCCUUCUCCCAGGAGUACCCUGUACCAAUGAAAUCAUAGGUCCAAUUCCUGUCUGCAGUUUGGAUAGAGCACUAGGCCUAGAGUCAGGAAGACCUGAGUUUAAAUCUUUUUUCAGAUAGUUACUAGCUGUGUAACUGGGGAAAUCACUUAAAAUCAAUUUUCCUCAACUGAAAAAAAAAUUUUUAAGGUUUUAAAAAAAUUUCUUUUCAGUCACAUGUAGAAACAAUUUUUGAAAUUUCAGAAUUCAGGUUUUCUCCUUCUCUUCCUCCCUCUCCCCAAGGCAGUGAAUAGUCUGAUAUAGGUUAUACUCAUCCUUUUGUGUAAUACACAUUUCCAUAUUACUCAUGCCCUGAUAGACAACACACAUCACACAUAACAAUAGAAAUCUCAUAAAGGAAACAUAGUGGAAGAUGGUAUUCUUUGAUCUGUACUCCAACUCGAACAGUGUCUUUUUUGGCUGUGGAAAUCUUGGAGACUUGCUUUGCUGAUAACAGUUUAGUCCCUCACAGUUGAUCAUUGUAUAAUAUUUCUAUUACUAUAUAUAUUGUUCUCCUGGUUCUUCUCACUUCGUUUUGUAUCAGUUUGUGUCAGUUUUUUCUAGGUUUUUCUGAACUCAACCUGUUCAUCAUUUCUUAUGGCAAAUAGCAUUUCAGGAAAAUUGGGAUAUUAAUAGUGCCUACCUCCUAGGGUUUUUGUGAUAAUCAAAUGAGAUAUUUGUAAGGUAUCUAAAACAGUGCUUAGCAUAUAGUAGGCUUAUUUCCUCCCUGUCUUGUGGUUUGCCAUAUCAGGGCUUCAUAUGUACUUUCUUUUUUUAUUUUUAAAAAUAUUUUUCCAUGGUUACAUGAUUUAUUUUCUCUUUCUCUCCUCUUCCCUCCCCCCUCCCAGAGCCAACAAGCAAUACCACUGGGUUAUACAAAUGUUAUCACUUGAUACCUAUUUCCACAUUACUCAUUUUUGCCAUAGAGCAAUAUUUUGAAACCAAAACCCCAAAGUAUGUGCACUUAUAAACAAGUGAUAAGUCAUAUAUUUUUCUUCUGCAUUUCCACUCCCACAGUUCAUCCUCUCGAUGUGAAUAGCAUUCUUUCUCAUAAAUCCCUCAGGAUUGUCCUGGAUCAUUGCAUUACUACUAGUAGCAAAGUCCAUUACAUUUGAUCUUUCCACAAUGUUUCACUUUCUGUGUACAGUGUUCUCCUGGUUCUGCUCAUUUCACUCUACAUCAGUUCAUGGAGGUUCUUCCAGUUCAUAUAGAAAUCCUCCAGUUCAUCAUUCCUUAAAGCACAAUAGUAUUCUAUCACCAUUAUACCCCAAUUGUUCAGCCAUUCCCCAAUCGAGCCCCCCCCCAUUUUCCAAUUUUUUACCACCACAAAGAGUGUGGCUAUGAAUAUUUUUGUACUCAUAGGUACUUUCAAACUUAAGAUAUACUACAAAACUAAUGACUUCAGCCAAAGCCUAAGAGGAUCAUUUGGUAAAAAUCAGUCUUAGAGAUCACAAAAAAUGAGAGAAGCCUUAGAAGCAGGUGAGUAAUUUUACGACCUUUGGAAAGUCAUAUAGCAGGAUAUGUCAUGAUUCUAAUAGACAUUGGGAAUCAGGGAGGCCAAAUCUGGUUCCAACUUACCUUUCCAGCUACAUUUCAUAUUACUUUCCUCCUUUCUGAACAUAUUUCAUACUACUCUCCUCCAUAACUCUAUGCUCCAUCCAAAUGAAAUAUUUGUAAAGUACUUAGCAUAGUGCCUGCUACAUAGCAGGCACUUAAUAAAUGUUUGUUCACUUCCUCAAACUAGACUGCUUCCUGUUCCCCAAACUUAGCAUUUUAUAGGAAGGUUCAAAGAAUAGGAGGUUUGUUUCUGGGUACACACACACACACACACACAUAUAUGAAGUGAAAGGCAAUACCUCGCUACAGUGCAGCUCUACCUAAGAUUUUUGUCCUUGUCUUUUCUCCCGCCUCUCCCCUUUCAUUUAUAUGGGAAAUGUAAAGUAUAUUGCAUCAUUGGGGAAAAUAGUGCCUGAGACCUACCUAGCUCUUGUGAAAUCUCUUGGCAAGGUCCUACCACAUAAAAAUGGCAUUUAAAGACAUGAUAUCUUUAAAAAGAGUCAAGCAGGAGAUAUAAUUUCUAACUCAGGAAUAAAUCAGAUAGUUUUUUUGGGACAAUGGAUUGCAUUCCAGCUCAAGAUACAGAAUUUUUGAGAACCUAUGGAUACAACUUAGCUGUCCAGUUGUUCUGUGCAAGAGCUUGGGCUGUUGUGGAAGAGAUAGAAAUUGGGAAAGCAUGCAAAAAGAAAAGAGCAGCUGAGAAUGAUGACCUAUCAUUCAAAUGAGAGUAUUCUGAUUUGGAAUCUGACCAGAAGAAGCAGUUGGAGGCAAACCAACUGAUGUCUAAAACUUUUCUGGCUUGAAAGAGGGAAGAAGGCUGUUCUCUCUUGACUUGGAGACUGAAGUCUGAAGGUCUUUUGGCUUUGAAGACAGAAGAAAGAAGGACAAGGUCCAGCUCUCUUUCUCUGAUUUGACAAAGAUGACUGUAGAUUCUGUAGAAUAUAUAAGCAACACAACCAUGUUCAUACUCCAGAUGCCCAUUUCAAAAAGAAAUCAUUCUCUGGCAAAUUCUGACACAUCUACAUCAUUUCCAUGGCUGCAAUACAGACUAUGACCUACCUUAAAAACAUUUACAGAUGUGUGAUUCCUAAACAUAAAGCACAAAUCAUAGUAGUGGAUACAAACUUGGAGACUAGUUAAGAACAUGUUUGAAGAAUUCCUGAAGGCAAAAGGGUUAGAUCAGAUAAAGGAUAAGGAAAAUGGUCAGGCAGAUAAAGCACCUAAGGAAAAAGAAAGACCAAGAAAGCAAAAUCCAGUGCACAGAGCAAUGACAGUGACAAGGACACUAAGGCAAAUAGUGAAGCUGAGAAAAUCUUUCCACUCAAAAACAUUUCCAAGAUUUCUAACUCAGCUGGUGUAUUGCAUUCAAAGGUUCAUAGGCAAUUUACUACCCAGGAAUUAGAUUCCCUGAAGAAAAGGUUCCCAAAGUUCAUUGACAAGCCCUAUAAAACUCAUAAGGAGCUGGGAGCUGAAACAUGCUUUCCAAAUUUUUGAACCCAGUUUUCAGGAUGUGGAAUUUCUUUUGACAGAACUUUUUAGCCCUCAUGAGCAUCGUCAGUUUAUUGAUAAGACUAGGUCAGAAACUGCCCUGACAAGUUAGCCUCCAGAGGAGCAAAGAGAGGAUUUUGAUUUCUCUAAUCUCAUCAGCAUGACCUAAGGAAAUGCAGGGAGGACUUGCUGAAAGCCAUAAAAAUGUGUUGCUCAAAACCAAAUGCUUGGGGAAAAUUUGACAGAUUGGUGUAAAACAAAGGAGAACAUCCAGCUUCCUUUAUUGAUCACCAGUCUGAGAUGGCUGAAGCUAUAAUAGGCAUAGAAACAAACAGAAGAGUCUGCAUCUCACAUAAGGAGACAAUUUUUGAAAAGAUGCACACCACAUUAAAAAAUUUUUUUUCAAACAUUUUCCUAGGGGGCAGCUGGGUGGCUCAGUGGAUUGAAAGUCAGGCCUAGAGAUGGGAGGUCCUAGGUUCAAAUUUGACCUCAGACACUUCCCAGCUGUGUGACCCUGGGCAAGUCACUUGACCCCCAUUGCCUAGCCCUUACCACUCUUCUGCCUUGGAGCCAAUACACAGUAUUGACUCCAAGAUAGAAGGUAAGGGUUUAAAAAAAAAAUAAAACAUUUUCCUAAAUAUACCUUGAGCUUGAUUGAAUUAAGAGAUGCUGCAACAUAUAUAUUUGACAGUCACCCAGAUCAAAGUAAACAGUUGACAGAUUUACAGCAAAAGUUGGAAGAAUCACAGAAAUUUUUAAGAGAUAAGGAGAUUGAAAAAAUUUAGAAGUUGAAUACUGUUAGAACAUACCCAAAAACUAUAAGCCAAGAAAUGUGCAGAGAGAGACUAGGCAAUGUUUUUUCUGCCAUAAGAUAGGACACCUGAUCAAAGACUGUUUUCUAAAAACGAAGUAUGAAUAUAAAUAUACUUUCCUUCUGCAGAUAGCUAUACAAGCUCAGAUUCUAAAUGUUGAUGGUUCCUUCUUUUGGAAGAGGCUUCCAAGGUUUGUUUGGUUAUUUUUCCUCUCAUCUAUAUAUUACAUAUAUAUAUUACAUACAUACAUAUAUGAAAAACCUUGAGUCUCUCAUUUAAACAGAAGUUUAAUCAUCUGGGUUAUAAGCAAAAAGAGAUAUAGUAGAGUCUACUUUCUCUCUGAAGGGAAGGAAGUAGUACAGUCAUACCUAGCAGUAACUGCGUGUCCAAUGAAGUGCCACUAAGCAGAGACAUACAAGACCUCUUUGGAAAGGAGGCUCUGUAGAAUCAGUUUGAGGACAUCACUAGAAGACACUAUCAAUAUUAAAGCAUCAGAAAAGUUGCCUUUCCACAAGUGUUUCCUGUCCAUAUAUGUGUCCUAGAUAUGUCCACUCUUACACCAAUAGUAUGUAUUUGUGAGAGUAUGUUCUAGGUUUAUGAGAGAAAUAUUCUAUUAUUAUUUAUCUUCCUAUUUCAUUAAAUUCCUUUGCUUUGAAUUGUGUUUUCUCUGGCUGACUAGUAAAAGUAAAUAUAUUGUUAGGGGGCUCUAUCAGCUAUGGUUUUUGUGUGAAUUUAGACAGAAUCCCUUGAACUUAAAGUACCUUUCUGGAAUAAUUCAUAUGCAAGUAAAGUUUGCCUAUAGGUGCUAUAAUUUAAUCAUAUCUGUACAUGAGUAUAUAGAUUAAUGUAUAUGUUAAUAUACAUCAUUGUGUAUAUGUAUAUAUGUACAUAUCUAUACAUUUAGAGUUGUACCUGAUACCUAGAAUGCCCCUCUUAUUUCAGCUUAUUUCAUCUUUUGAAGUUUAGGUGCCUCUUAGUGAAGUAUUCCUUGAUCUGGGUCCAUCAUUCCUCAUAUCACAUUAUUCAGUAUUUAUUUAUCUCUAUACAUGCUAGAGCUACCUCUUAGAAUGUAAGCUCAUUAAGAGAGAAUACUAUUUUCGCUAUUGAACCCUCUAGUGCCCAAGGCACUCUGCUUUAGGUAGAUUCACAACAAAUGUUAUUGCCUCUCAUGCUAUGCCUAUUGAUUUAGGGGUUCUCUCAUUUCUUGUCCCUAAACUCUAAAUUCCAAACUCCUUUCCUCAAUUUCUGUCUCUCUCCUCUAUCUUUAUGCCUUCCCUCAUCCUUCCCCUUCUCAGUCUUUACCAAUCUCUCCCAUGUCCCAUCUUUUCAUCUCUAUUCCUUCCUAGUCCCUUGAGCUCUGUCCCAUAUUCCCAGUCCCUCGAUCUGUCUUCCUCCAAUUUCAUUUUCCCUCCCCCUUCUCAAUGGGAAAAUACAGGCUGGUUAUCAGUGUUACCACCUGGGACUCCUUAGCUAGAGUAAAUAGGGCUUUAGGCCCUAGGAUCUGAGAGUCAGCAGGGCUGAGUGAGGUAGCAGUGUCAGGAGACUGUCUAGGACAAGGGGGGAGGUGGGGCACCCUUCCUGCACAGCACAUGCUGUCCCAGUCUUAUCCCAGCUCUUUCUAUAUCUCUCUUCGCUUCCUGCUUUCCCUGCUGCAGUAUACCUGAGUCACAAGUUUCCUUCUCCUGGAUUGGGAUUCCCUAAAACUGUCCCAUUCUCCCAUCCCUUCCCUCCCUUCCUCCUAUCCUGCUUAUUCCUGCAGUCCUAUCAAUCCUCAGCCUUUGGAAGCUAUUAAUCAUGGAGGAAGGGACACUAAUGGGCUUUUUUCCCUGGGAGGUGGGGGUAGAGUGAGGAGGAAAAGGACACCAUAUCCCUGGAGCCAAGAAGAUGACAGAUGAGGCUGGGGUUGGGGGGAGGGGGAAACGAGUGUGGGUUGAGAUGCCCUCACAGGUAGGGCUGGAGGCCAAGGACCUGACAAGCAUCCCCAUCCCUUUGGCACCCUCUCCUAUUUUCAUCAAUGCAGCUCUUCUCUCAGUCCCUAGGAUCCGUUUCCAUUCUUACUCUAAGGAGCCUAAACAAGUCCAGGGUCCUGUGAUGCUAGAGGAGGUAAAUGUGGGUGCUGGGGGUAACCUACCCUCUCCAUUUCAUCUGUCAUCUCUGCCAACCCACUUUGGCCUCAUCUUUAUCCUUCCCUCCUUUGCUCUACCCUCCUCCCCGUGGGAAGCCUGAGCUGGUUAUCUACAUCUCCACCUGCUCCCAAGAGCAAACAGAGGGAGUGGAGUGGUGGUAGUGGCAGUGCUGGCGCUACCAGGUGCCAGAGGGAAAUGGUGGGGACUCCUCUUUUACAGGUCUUUGGCCCCUGGGAAACCCCUACUAGUCAAAGUCCUUGCUAAGGUCAGAGUCCCGACCACAUCUCAGCUCCUUGAAAUCUGUCCCCUGACAAGGAUAUUUGAGAGUAAUUGUCAAGGACUAUUGGAGCUGGAAUGUCAUUGUGACCUGGUGUAGCACUGGGGCCUUGCCUGUGGCUAUGGUCUCUGAGACCAGAUGCUACACUGGGGCCAGAAAUAUGACUGGCCAUGACAUUGAGGUCAAGGUACCACUGAGUCGGGAAGUGUCACUGAAGAAGUUGUCAUUGAGUCAGAGUGCCUUUGGAGAAAGCUAUUGUGGGGAUUUGGGAUGUCACUGUGUCCCUGGUGCUACUGGGGACGGCCAGGAGUUAUAGGAGGGGUGUGUUCCGACAGGGGAUUCGGAGUGAAAGGCUGUGAGCCCCCAGCCCCGCCCCCAGUCCGCACCUUACACCUGCCCCAAAUGGAAAACUCACUGAUGUCCCGCUCUACAUGUUGGUUCCCGUAGGACAAUACUGUAACAUUGCUAUAUUACAGUACAAUUAAAACGUCGGAUCUUG